AUGUAUACUACCGAUGAUCCUGAUUUUCAUAUUAUCGACGAUCCUGCUAUUAACGAUCCUGACCUUUAUGCUAUUAACGAUCCUGACCUUUAUGCUAUUAACGAUCCUGACUUUUAUACUAUUAACGAUCCUGACUUUCAUGCUAUUAAUGAUCCUGACUUUCAUAUUAUUGAUGGAGUUGAGACUAUUUACGAAGAAGAUUUGGAGGCAUUCGAAAAUAAAAGUAAUUUAACUUCUGAUAGUGAACUUCAAGAUAUUGACGAUCUAAAUGAAAAUACAGUAACAUACUUUACUAAGGAACUGGCAUCAAGUGCUGUUUAUCAUACCUUAACGCCUAUUGAAUAUCCUGAAACAAGUUUAGAAGGUAUUGCUUAUGUAUAUAACGUUGAAGGUUGGAAAGAACUAUUGGAUGCAUUUAAAGAU